GCUUCAGAUGGGACACCAGAGGAUGGUUGUGCUCGUCAACAAGCUCUUGUGUGAGGCCAAGCAGGUGCUGCCCUCAGGAGGGUUCUGUCUGGAUAAAAUCAAACUGGUUGUUGGAGGUAAUCAGAUGUGGAGUGGCCAGUUAUGUGCUGGAUUGGAGAAACUCUUCAGGGAGUCCACAGUCGCGGACCUCGGGGCGGGCCUUGGCCACUAUGGCAGGUGCUUCCUCCGCAAGACAGAGGGCAUACUGACCCACCCUAAUAAAGUGGAGAUCGAAAACAUCAACAAAGAAUACCUACAGCUUAUGUCGCAGGCAGGACUCUCUGGUACCCGGCAAGUCAUCAAGUCAUGGAAUGGAUGGGACGGAGCGGCAAAUAUCGACGAGUUCACUAAUGGGAGGAUAGCGUCAGUGGACCUCGCCAGUCCUGUGAACCUCGGGGGUCCCUUCGAGUGGGUGAUGAGCCUGGAAGUGGGCGAACAUAUCCCAGAGUCUGGCGAGAGAAACUUUUUAGACAACUUAGUCAAGCACGCCUGCGUGGGUGUGGUAUUAUCGUGGGCAGUGCCGGGGCAAAAUGGACACUCCCACGUCAACUGCCGCACCAACGACUAUGUCAAGACGGAGAUGGCUGCCCGAGGCCUAGAGUGGGACAAGGAGGCAUCAAUGAAGCUGCGAGAAAAUGUCGACCAACUCACCUACUUCAAGAACACCCUCAUGGUCUUCAGAUACUCCAAGAGAAGGUGCUGAGGCUCGUUCCGUCUCGCUCAUCUCCUUCGCAUCAAAUUUAUUCAUAUGAAAUUUUGAAAGAUCCCAAACACUUGAUUUAUCAACUGUACUGACCUUCUUGGUGUGAAAUACCUCAGCAAUACUUC